UCUCUCUCUCCAGUAUCACUUCCACUCAUGAACAGGGAAACUUCAGUUUGGACCCAAACUCCCCGUCACUGAAGAUGACUCCACGCAGCAUUCCUGGCUGGUUAUUUGGAUUAUUUCUGCUCGCCCUGCGGUUCUGCAGCCGCUGCUCCUCUGCCUAUCAGCUGCUGGACGAGCGCGGCCCACAGGGAGCCCUGGACCUGACGGAGUUGAUUGGCGUUCCGCUCCCUCCCUCCGUCUCCUUCGUCACGGGCUUCGAAGGCUACCCGGCCUACAGCUUCGGCCCGGACGCCAACGUGGGCCGCCUCACCAAGUCAUUCAUCCCUGACCCGUUCUACCAUGACUUCGCCAUCACGGUCACGGCGAAGCCCACGACGAGGCGUGGCGGCGUGCUGUUCGCCAUCACGGACGCGUAUCAGAAAAUUGUACACUUAGGUGUAGCGUUAUCUGAGGUAGAGGAUGGUUCCCAGAAGGUCAUCUUGUACUACACCGACCCAGAAACAAGUGGAGGAACACAAGAAGCUGCUUCCUUUAAAAUGGGCGACCUGACGGGAAGAUGGGCGAGGUUCACCCUGACUGUACAGGGUUCGCAGGUGCGUCUCUUCAUGGACUGCGAGGAGUACCACAGGGUGGACUUCUCCAGGAGUGUGCGUCCGCUGACCUUCGAGGCCAGCUCGGGGAUCUUCGUGGGGAAUGCUGGGGGGACGGGCCUGGCCAGAUUUGUGGGCUCCAUCCAGCAGCUGGUGUUGAAGUCGGAUCCCACGGCCCCAGAUGACCAGUGUGAGGAGGAUGAUCCUUAUGCGUCCGGGUACGGGAGCGGUGACGAUACGUACGAGGACAUCGAGAGACCCGACGAAGUGAAGAAGAUCGUGGAGGAGAGGGCGUUUAACAUGUUCCCGGAGCCCACCGACAGCACGCCAGUCCGGGCUCCGCCCACUGAGGUGACCCCAACCGAUGACGAGGACAUGGAGGAGACUUCUGGACAGGAAGUGGAAGCGAGCACAGCUGGAGUGAAACCAUUUGAAACGAUAACUGUGACCUCUAAGCCCAGCGUGCCUCUCCAGAUGUCUCCGGGACAGAAAGGAGAACCGGGAGACCCGGGUCCGGCCGGUCCUCCGGGACUGCCCGGACCUCCAGGACCGGCCUUGGGGGAGGGAUCGGGAGCUGAGCCUGGACCACGGGGCCCACCAGGACCACGAGGACCUGAAGGGCCAGCUGGACCUCCAGGGACCAAUGGAACGCCUGGAAGCAAAGGUGAAACCGGCCCACCGGGAUUCCCUGGAAUACCUGGUCCUCAAGGAGAGAAGGGUGACCCUGGAGUUGGACUACCUGGUCCUCCAGGGCCUCCUGGACCUCCCGGUCGACCCAGCAAGUCUUCAGUGUCCCUGGAGGGGUCUGGAUUUGAAGAUUUCGACAGCGACGCAGAGAUUAUUCGCGGUCCUCCGGGACCUCCAGGCCCUCCUGGACCUCCAGGACGCCCGUCUGAGGGGCCGCUCAGCGGACCGCCGGGGCCCCCGGGGAGAGACGGGCUGGAUGGGCAGAAGGGCGAAGCUGGACUUCCUGGAAUUGAUGGAAAAGAUGGAGAUCCGGGACCUGCAGGAGAGAAAGGAGACAAGGGAGAGCCUGGUGUGAGCGGGCAGCCAGGACCAAAGGGAGAGGAGGGCCCGGCAGGGUUCCCAGGUAUACCGGGUCCAGAGGGGCAGCCUGGUCCCAGGGGUCCACCCGGUCCUCCAGGACCUCCAGGAAGAGGACUAGCCAUGGACUUUGAGGACCUGGAAGGAUCUGGCUGGUUGGGUUUUGGAGGUCCGCAGUCCAGAGGUCCUGAGGGUCCUCCAGGACUUCCUGGACCUCCAGGACCAAAGGGUGAAGAUGGUUUACCAGGACUGCCUGGGCCAGAAGGUCGAAAGGGCGAGCCUGGUUUUAUAGGGCGACCCGGUUUUCCAGGCAUGGAAGGACAAAAAGGAGCAGAGGGACUCAAAGGGGACAAAGGUGAUCCAGGACUAAAGGGCCAAGCUGGACGGGAUGGAAUCGGUCUGCCCGGCCCACCAGGACCACCCGGGCCUUCAGGACCGGCCAUCAGCCUCCAGGAUCUUCUACUUAAUGACACAGAUGGUUCGUUCAACUUCUCAGGGAUUUAUGAAGGACUUGCUGGUUUAAAGGGCGACACUGGGCUGCCUGGAAUAUCAGGACCUCCAGGGCUCAAAGGUCAAAAGGGCGAGCCGGGAUUCGUGCUCGCAGCAGAUGGAUUCAUGUCGGGUCAGGGCGGACCACAGGGACCCAAAGGAAGCAAGGGAGAUGUUGGCGUAUCAGGAUUGCCUGGAAUUCAAGGGCCAGUGGGACCACCAGGACCCAAAGGAGAGUUUGGCUUUCCUGGACGACCAGGUCGUCCAGGGACGAUGGGUCCCAAAGGAGAGAAGGGAGAUGCUCCAGGCCUACCGGGCCCCCCCGGCCCUCCUGGACCUCCAGGCCGACCAGGAAUCUUCAGCUGCCCCAAAGGAACCGUGUUCCCCAUCCCUCCCAGACCUCACUGCAAAAUGGCCCUUCAUCCUAAUGGAUCUAUUGCAAACGGCGUCUGUCAAAUGGGACCCAAAGGAGAGAAGGGAGACCGAGGACUUCCUGGGAUUCCAGCUCCACCAAGUCCCUAUAUUUCCAGAGGAGGCUGGGAGUUGGGGGGUGAGCAGGGCAUCAAGGGAGAGAAGGGAGACAAGGGGGAGGCGGGGUUUCCUGGGCAACCGGGAUUCCCCGGGAGACCGGGUCCAGUGGGGCCAAAAGGAGAGUCCGUGCUGGGACGCCCAGGCCCCCCUGGAGUGCCAGGUUCACCCGGUAUCCCUGGCUAUGGCAGACCUGGACCUGUUGGUCCUCCUGGGCCACCAGGACCACCAGGACCCCCUUCAAGAUACGGUUCAGCUCUGACUAUCUCUGGACCUCCAGGACCUCCGGGACCACCUGGGUCACCAGGUCUUUCAAGUAGCGCAGCAGCUAUGAAAAUUUAUCAAACUCGUGAGAGCAUGAUGCAGAGCACCGUCCGAGACGCUGAGGGCACGCUGUCCUACGUCACAGGAUCAGGAAGUCUCUUCCUCAAGGUUCCACAGGGAUGGAAAGAGAUCCAGCUCGGCAGUCUGAUCUACCUCUCAAAUAACAUCAUUCCACAAGACGAGCCUCAAGUUGCAUAUCACAUGAGAGGCGACACGAUGGAAAGAGUACUGACAGUGAAAGAAAGACUGAGCCUCGUGGCGUUGAACCAGCCCCACACUGGGCGCAUGAUGGGGCUGGACAUGGCGGACCGGAUGUGCUACGAGCAGGCCAAAGCAAUGGGCCUGGCGCCCAACUACCGCGCCUUCAUGUCAUCCAACAGGCAGGACCUGGUCCACGUGGUCUAUCCUGGGUUCAGGGAGUCUCUGCCAAUCACCAACCUCAGAGGAGACGUGAUGUUCAGGAACUGGCGCUCACUUUUCAAUGGCGACGGCGCUCCGAUCAAUGCCAGGAUACCCAUCUACUCCUUUGAUGGCCGGGAUGUGUUAGCUGACCCCUUCUGGCCCCAGAAGAGCAUCUGGCACGGCUCCACCAGCAGGGGCCUCCGCCUGCUGGACAAGCACUGUGAGACGUGGCGGGCCGACCACAUGUCGGUCGCCGGCCAGUCAUCCAGCCUGACCUCGGGGCUCCUCGGCCAGCAGACGCGGAGCUGCUCCAACCAGUACAUCGUCCUCUGCAUCGAGACACACAAGAACCUCUGAACCUCCGCUCAGCCCAUCCCCUGCCCGCCGCUUCAGACGGCAUUGAUUCCAGCACGAAGACAAAUGUUUUAAAGGUUUUUGCUCUGUUUUUAAGAGUGGAUAGAGUGGAGUUUAGGGCGAGUGGCUCAUUCCUCACAGUAGCCCACAGAAAUCAUGAAUCUAGAGCCGAAAGCCAAGAUCUGGAGCAGAGAUCAAAGCCUCAAAGUAUCAUCAAGCAUUGGAAAGGCCAAAGCUCCACUCAGGCUAAUGUCUCCAUUUUAAAAUGACUCCCAACCCGACACCCCCCAUUCUACACUGGACACAUCAGCUGUGGAGUCUCCGUGGAGGAGGGACUGUGACAUCUAACCCGCCGAGAGAAAGCUCUCCACAAAAUACAUCGGCAUAAUGACAUAAUCGUACAAAAUACGGUGUUUUUUUAACUUGUACAAUAAAACGUUCAUUGUCCGUGG